CGCAGGCGCGGAAGGGUCUGGUUGUCAUGAGAGCGGCGGCCGCGGCCUGGGCGCUGAGCGUAGGCGGCCGGGGCUGCUCCUCGGCUGCCACCGCGUCUGCCGCUUGGGGUUGCGGGCGGGCCCAGGACAGCGGAGGCGGCGCCACCUGAGCUCCGCCGAGGGCGCGGCGCUGCCAAGGUUCGGAGGAAGGCCCUGAGGGUCGUGUGGACGCCGCAGUCCGGGAGGCCUUCGGUCCUGACAGAGAACUUUCUGGAGCGUUUUUGAUCCUCUGUUUUACUGAGGACUCUUUUGGCUGCGAUCCUCACACCUAACUCAGAUUGGUCUGCUGGAGAGGAACGUGAUUGACUUAGUAGCUGGAAGCCCCAGCACACAGAAUGCCCCACAAGAUUGGAUUCGUCGUCGUCAGCUCGUCUGGACACGAAGACGGCUUCAGUGCCCGGGAACUAAUGAUCCACGCACCGACCGUCAGCGGGUGGAGGUCCCCGAGAUUUUGCCAGUUCCCACAGGAAAUUGUCCUCCAGAUGGUGGAGCGAUGUCGGAUAAGAAAGCUGCAGCUGCUUGCUCACCAGUACAUGAUACCCAGCCGGGUGGAGUUCUACAUCAGCGAGAGCCUGCCCGAGUGCUUCUCGCCGUGUCACGCAGAGCGCUUUCGAAGACUUGGCUAUGUCUCUCUCUGUGACAAUGAAAUGACGGGCUGCAAAGCCCGGGAGCUGAAAUCGGUUUAUGUGGACGCAGUCGGUCAGUUUCUUAAACUGAUUUUUCACGAAAAUCACACCAACAAAUACAAUGUAUAUAAUCAGGUUGCUUUGGUUGCCAUAAAUAUCAUUGGAGACCCUGCAGAUCUCGGCGAUGAAAGCAAUAUUGCGUCUAGAGAGAAGCUGAUUGAUCAUUACCUGGGGCACACCACAGAGGACCCGGCUCUGGAAGGCACAUGUACUGGGAAGUCUGACUAUAUUUCUCCACUGGAUGACUUAGCUUUCGAUAUGUACCAAGACCCAGAAGUUGCACAGAUCAUACGCAAAUUAGAUGAAAGAAAACGUGAAGCUGUCCAGAAGGAGCGUUACGACUAUGCCAAGAAACUGAAACAAGCCAUCGCUGACUUGCAGAAGGUGGGUGAGCGGCUGGGGAGGUUCGAGGUGGAGAAGCGCUGCGCGGUGGAGAAGGAGGAUUACGACCUGGCCAAGGAGAAGAAGCAGCAGAUGGAGCGCUACCGUGGCCGGGCCUACGCGCGGCUGCAGCUGCACGGCCUGCUGGACGCCGAGCCGGUGCGAAGGCCUCUUGGUUUGCCCCUCCAGCCCCUUGUUCCUCCUGGCAGCCCUCGCCACCAACCCGCCACGCUCUCACCACCACCGCAGGAGGAAGGCGUGACAGAGAACCGGUUUGCAGAAGCUCUCCUUCAGGACAAGCUCUCGUCACAUUCCCUGGACACUUCUCAGCAGCCCCCUGUGGACCAGUCGCUGCCCGCCACUCACCCUCAUCUCAAGACCCACCUGCAGUCCCUGCCCUAUGACGAGCGGCCUCUUCCCGCCGUCCACAAGCAGCCCGGGGCGGCGGCUGUGGAGCCAGAAGAUGGUGACGCAGACAUGAGCGAGGCUCCCAGAGGGGCCACUGCGGGUGAGCCGGAGCGCCUCACAGAGAAAGCCUUGAGAGAAGCCAGCUGUGCGGUGGACGUGCUGGGAGAAGCCUUGGUCGCGGGGGCCUAUUCCAAGACGUGGUCGUACCGAGAGGACGCGCUGCUCACCCUGUGUGAGCGGCUGGGGGAGAUGCCUGUGGGAACCCCAAAGGAGGACCUCAGGAGCGCCCUGAGAGCAUCCGUCUUCCUCAUCAGAAGAGCCAUCAGAGACAUCGUGACGCCGGUCUUUCAGGCUUCUUUGAAAUUGUUGAAAAUGGUAAUUACACAGUAUAUUCCCAAACAUAAACUGAGUAAACUUGACACAACUUACUGUGUGGAAAGAACAGUUCCUGUUUUGCUCACCAGAACGGGAGACUCUUCCGCUCGUCUCCGGAUCGUAGCUUCAAAUUUCAUUCAGGAAAUAGCCUUGUUUAAGGAAGUUAAGUCCCUCCAAAUGAUCCCCUCUUACUUGGUGCAGCCACUAAAAGCCAACACUUCCACUCACCUGGCGCUGAGUCAGAUGGACCUCCUGGCCCGGCUGCUGAAAGACCUGGGCACCAGCGACACAGGCUUCACCGUGGACAACGUGAUGAAGUUUUCAGUGGGCGCGCUGGAGCACAGAGUGUAUGAGGUCCGAGAGACAGCGGUGAGAAUUAUUUGGGACAUGUAUAAAGAGCACCGGGCUCUCACUCUGGACUACCUCCCUCCGGAUGACAGCAGCACACGCAAGAAUGUUCUCUAUAAAACAAUUUUUGAGGGAUUUGCUAAGCUAGAUGGCAGACCUACCGAUGCGGAAAUUAGGGCACAGAAAAAAGCAGCUGCAGAAGAAGCAGAAAAACAAAAGAAAGACGAAAUUAAAGCUUUACAAGGGCAGUUGGCAGCGUUGAAAGAGAUGCAGGCUGAAGUCCAGGAGAAAGAAAGCGAGGCCACGAAGGCAAAGGACCCAGAUGCUCGAGGAAGGAAGGCAGCCCCACCCAGCACUCCCGACGCCCCGGAUACACGCUGUCUAGAUAAUCUCUGCAUUUUCUGUGGGGAAAGGAGUGACUCCUUCACCGAAGAGGGCCUGGACCUCCACUACUGGAAGCAGUGCCUCAUGCUGACGAGGUGUGACCACUGCAGACAGGUGGUCGAGAUAGCCAGCUUGACAGAGCACUUGCUGACAGAAUGUGACAAAAAGGACGGGUUUGGAAAGUGUUACCGCUGCAACGAGGCUGUUUUAAAAGAAGAGCUGCCCAAACACAUAAAAACCAGAGACUGUAACCCUGCCAAACCAGAGAAGCUGGCAAACCGGUGUCCUUUGUGCCACGAGAACUUCACCCCUGGAGAGGAGGCGUGGAAGGCCCACCUGAUGGGCGCCGCGGGCUGCACGAUGAACCUGCGCAGGACACACGUGCUGCACAAGCCUGCCGCUCCGCCGCCGGGUAAAGGCCCAGCCAUGAGCAAAUCAGGGACCUCAGGAACAAAGGUUGGGAGCAAGAUCCCCACCCCAAAGGGAGGCCUGAGUCGCAGCUCUGGCAGGACAUACACCAAGCGAUGACAUGACAGCUCUCUGUCUCCUUCGUCUCCGUGCGGGAUUGAGCAAGGCUCUUGAGUGUGAACCGUUUCUCCUAAAAUCCGUCUAUGGCCUGGCGACCGCGUGCUCGCCCUGCUGUCCCCGGCUCCUGGCCGUGCUGCUCACUCGUGGGCACCGUGAGUGGGACCCACGGAAGAACCCGCCUCCCAGAGUUGGACCCUGAGCUCCGCAGUUGCAAGCUGUCAGGCCUCCGACUUUCGCAGGCCUUAGCACCAACAGAAGAGUCGUCGCGCUGUUGGAAGAGAAUCGGAAGCGCGUGAAAGCAGUUGCCAGGGUCUGGUCAACGUGCAGAGGGGGUGGCACGAGCAUAGACCCCCCACCUCUCAGCUGCUCGGACGGAUCCGUAAAACCUUCACCGUAAACCUUUGCACACUGGUCCAUCUCACGCGUGGCAGAACUUCCCGGGCUUUGGCUCACUGGGCGGUGUAACGGGACAGGAGAGGGAGCGUGCACAGUAUCGCUCCUGCUCCCUCACGCGGCGUCUGCAGAGCCUGUGUUUCCACUAUACCGAGUAAUAAAGGUUAAAAACCAGUCGCUGAGAACUGCUCCCCGUCCAGCACUCACACUGUCAUUUCGGCCUGUCCGCCUGUCCCUCGUGAAACCAUGUUGGAACUGGAACUGUAAGGUGUCUUCUCAAAACACUUCAUGUGAUACUUAAAACCAAAACAUCACUUAAAAUGAUGAAACCAAACUUCCAAAUCCGGUCUCCUUCCCAGCGCCUGACCAGUCCCCCACCCCCUGGACAUACUUCCAUGUGCUUCAUAGCCAGGCAGCCAGUGUUUGCCUGAGAUCCGCUUGGAAACGCCUGGCGUCUUCCUGCCAGCGCCUGUGCUCCCCAGGCACCCCGUCCACUAGAGACCCAAGGAAGCUGGCCCUCCCCGUCCCAUUCGGUGACCAGGGUCACAUGUUCGCUUUCCUCCUGAGCGUUGUGCAGGCAGCUUUCAGGGUGCCCGCUAGAAGUGCGUGGGGUUGAUGAAAUGUGUCCUGCAUAAUUAGUGUGUAAACAUCUGAAUUCCCACCAUGCAAAGCAACAAAAUACGUAAAAACUAAUAGCUGAUCAGUGUACUCACCACCUAAGUUAGUGACCAGGAAUUUGCACUAAUCAAUCUCCAUUUUUGGUAAACUAAUACCUUCUGGUUGACUCAAAAUACUGAGCAGGAAUAAAUCUGACCAACAGAAUUAUCUUUAAAACUACAUAUACUCUACUAAAAAGGAAAGAAGUACGGGGAGAAAUAAUGUUAAGACUUGACUAGACAACGCGGAGUACAGAUAAUUGUGACAAAGAGGACGAUAAUUGUGAAAUCCUUUCUGGCUUCAAAAAGAUGUUGGCCAUUACUUUCUCUUUUUCUAAUUUAUUUUUUUUAAGUGUAGUUGGUAUCCAAUAUCACAAUAUUAUUGCUUGUGUUCUCCUUCCCCUGUUCACCCAGCCCCCCCAAUCCUGGUCAUUGUUUGCUAAUCCAUUUUUGAAAUACAGAUGAUACACUUUUUUAAACAGAACAAUAAUGAGAGAAGUUAACCAAGAAAUUAUUCUUUUCUCUCCAAUCAGAACUUUUAAGAAAUAUAAAUGUAAUGUUUUCUAUAUAUUGUAACUUUAAAAAGAUAUUUGUAAAAAUAUUUAACUUUUAGUGACGGACAAAAUUGGGUACAUUUACAACAGGUUAGUCUUGCUGGUGACAGAAGAAUCAUGUGUUUAUGUUGAAAUGAUUCCUGGUAGUGAUUAGUAUGAAAAGCUUUACAGAGUCAUAUACUAUUAAGGAACCAAGAAUAAAGGAUAAAAAUGUGAAAGGAACUGUAAGCUUCGUUGGCCAUUCACAGAUAUAAGUAUCUACAUUUGGAACAGUAAUUAGUAAUUGAAUUUUCAUUCAUGAAUAUGUUAUGGGUAUUUAACAAUAUUUAUUUCUAUUGUUUUCAUAUUUCAAAAUAGUCUAUGUAAAUUUAAAAGAAUUGUUAUCUAUAAAUUUGGUCUCUGAAUACAAAUGUAAAUACUUUUAAUGAAAAUUUGCAACUUUUUAAUGUUUUAACAUAGUUUUCUAUUUGUCUUUAUUUCAGGUACCAGAAUGAUAAACUAAGUAAUAUAUUUUUGUUGUUUCCAGUCAAUUCACCGAGUAUAUUAAUAUAAUAAUAAAAAGAUGGCUAAAUAUGUGUCGCUUUUAUUUCGAGAUUAUAACUCAAAAGCAAUGUGUAGGUCACAGUCACCUUCGAAAUGUGCAGGUGUGGCUGGGCCGACACCGCAGAGCACAGGCUCAGGAGUGUUGACAAAGGGACAGGGAAGAGUAGAGAGUUUGGGUUCUAAAAUAAUGAAUUUGUUCAGAUGGGUUUACUGCUGAAGAAGCUGAAAGAUUUUAAGCUACACACGAAUUAGAGAACAUUGUUGACCUAUCUGACCCUGUGGAAUAAAUCGGAAUGCUCUGUAAAUGCUCUUAACUGAACAUGUCCUAUUCCAAAAGCAGGGAAGACCAUGCAGGACAGAAUGGCCACCGCUCAUGGUGCCCGUUAAGAGGAUUCUAGAGUCUCUUCGUGUUUUUUACCCUCUGAAUGAGGGUCUUUUUACCAGCAGCAAGGCUAUUUUGCUUUUAAAAUAAGUGCAGCAUUUUCUCAGAUUGGUAGGGUGGUUUUAAGCUUGUGUUAACUUUGAUAGUUUUAGAAUUGUUUCUGUUUUAAGUUACAAUGUACAGUUUUUUCCUUUGCACAAAUAUACAUGAAUUUGAAACAGGAUAUCACAGUUGAAACAGCAAAAAUUACUUCGAAUGAUUUAUCCUCCAGUUGCUCAGUGGGGUGUGUGUGAGAGACGAGGAGGGAGCCACUGCACCCGAGCUGGGCCGGCACAACUUGGAGCUUUGUGCAGAGGGGCCUGGGGUGCCCUGGGGCUGCGAGGUGGACAGGCCAGGGCCCUGGGUCUCCCCUCAUCAGCAUGGCCAGGGCUGGCCUUGGGCUGGCACCCCAGGGAAAGGCUGAGGCUACAGCACUGUCCACCUGUUUCUUGUAGGGUCGUCCAGGGGAAACAAAUGCCGAUCAUUUUGUCCCCUCAGCUGCUUCUGAAAGCUUGACAUACCACCUACUAUUUCUCAUAGAAAUAGAGGUCAGAGGCCAUGUCUCUGGUACUUGAGAAUCUCAAACGUCUGGAGAACACAAAAGAAUUCCUUCUCAGGUUGCAUGGUUUGACAGAAAUUGGUUGUCAUGCAACAGGGCCACCUGCCCCCAAUGGGAAACACUGAAUAACAUGUCCUAUUCCAAAAGCAGGGAAGACCAUGCAGGACAGAAUGGCCACCGCUCAUGGUGCUGUGUCCUGUGACCCAGCAGCCUCAGGCUCCCCACUCUCAGCUGUGUCUCCCCAACUCAGGGAGGCUGCAGUCUCCACCUCCGUUCCCCUCUGCUCUGCAGCCCAGAGACCAGCCAGGCAGGGAGCUCAGGUAACUGUAGGGCUCACCUGACUUCUUUCCCUUCUCUUAGGGACCAUUCUCUUCUGUCACCUGAGGUCCAGUGUCUUGAAAAGCGUCGUUUCCUAUUAGCAUAUGUGGAGGAUAAAUUCAGUCUGUUACUGAAUCUUGAUCAGAAGCAGAAAUUUCCAAUGACCCUUCGAUAGAAGAAAAUCUACAAACGUGCUUCACCACAUUCAUAGAUCAAAAGGGAAAAAACCGUAUGAUCACCUCCACAGAUGAAGAAAAAAAUACAAAAUGCAUCCAUGAAAACCUGUUAGUAAACUAGAAAUAGAAGGAAACCUUUAACAUGUCAGACUAUGUCUACAAAAGUAUUAUUCUAAACGAGAAAGCACUGGAAGCAUCUUCUUGAAAACCAAAAAUAACAUCAAGAAUAAUCACUUCUAUUCAGUAUUGUUUUAGCCAAGACAAGACAAUUAAUGAGACAAGAAAAAUAAGAGAAGCGGUAAGGUAAAACAAUAAGAAAAAUAAAGCCAUAAUUACGGGGAAGGUGAGGCAAAACUCAUGUUGAUUGUAGAAUGAUUUGAAUGACUAGACAAAUUGUUAAAACUAACUGGUGAUAUACGGCCAUCAUACAAAAAGCAACUGCACUGCUACGCAUAGUAGCAGAUCAUUUUCAACGGUAGCACGGCUAUAAAACACAAGUCUAAUGAAAGGCGUGCAUGGCCUGAACUCAAACAAAUUUUAACUUCACUGACAUACAUUAAGGACUCCGAUAAGGAUUGAACUAUUCCACAUUCUCAGUGCCUAGGUUUUUGGCUACCGUCAUAGCAGCAGCAUUGUUAGUGGAACUGGAGUAUGUUGAUUUUAUACGAAACUACCCAAUGCACUGAAAAAGGAGGUCAAUGGCACAGUCUAUCCUUAGAAUACUCAUUAACAGGGGUGCCGUGACCAGCCCUGACUCUUCCCUUGGGGCAGGCAGACGCCCCCUACACAAAGCCUCUGCAGGCCACCAGAAAGGCACAGAGGUGCGGGGCAGGCGGCCAGCUGUGUCUGUGCAGGGCUGUCAGGAGGCCGAGGGCAGACCUAGAACUGGUGGGUGAGAGAGAGACAGAGCUGCUUUGGGAAGUGGCGUGGGUCUGUUACCAGCAGGAUGGGAAGAGCCGAGCCUGGGAUGAAGGGGAGAUGCUUCUGGCUGGGGAAGCAGCUCAAGCCGAUUCAAGUCUGAGGUUCUUCCAGCCCCAAGGCUGUGAUUCCAGAGGCGUCUCCCCCAGUUCGAGGGACGCUUCUAUUGUGGGGUCCCGCCAUUGCUUCCUCCUUGCCGUGCCGCGUGUCCUGCAGGCGGCUCCCUCAGCCCGAGUACACAGCAGAGGUAACUGAUGUACACCACAGGCAAGCGGAAGCUUCCUGCUUCAGGGGUUUCACUCUGUCCACCUCGCCUGGCCCCUCUGCCGUGAGAGCACAGCUUGGGCCGGGUAGGGGCGUUCCUUCAGGAGGACACGCUGUGCAGACAGGGCCCACCCACAGGCUGGGCCAGGCCCGCAGCAGCUGACAUGCCAAGUGGACAGCAGACCUGUAUUGUUGGAGAGCCACAGGGACUGGGCAGUUGCUUUGCAGCCAACAUCACCACCGAAAAAGCUGUCCCCGUACAGUGUCACAAAGUCAGCUUGGUGGCACUGGUUGGGCUCCAGAAAAACGAACCACUAAUCACUUGGUUAAUCCACACAAGGCGGCCCGGACAACCUUCCGGGAGACCAGCCAGCUCUCCCUUGCUUUGCUCCCAGGAAUGCUGCAUCAACCUCCGGUUGUCUUCACAGACUUACCACGUAGGGAUGUGUCCCAAAAUAACAUCACCUUGACUUUGACACAUUUCUAAGCUGUGCAAAUGGAAUCACACUCUGUGUGUUCUCCUGUGGUUCGCGUUUUUCCCUUGACGUGACGUCAUGACCUUGACAACCGUUCAUGCUGUUGUGUGUAGUCGCUAACUCGCUCCCUAUGUGGUCAUCCGUUUUAAGAAGUGUCUCACCAUUUAUUCAUCCAUUCUCCUGCGGAUGGGCAUUUGGGUUGUUGCCCAUAAAUAAAACCAUUAAUAUUCUUGAAGCCUGGCAAGAUGGCAUAAAUAGCUAUUGCAUGGCAAAAAUCUGCUCCAGAGACACUGAGCAAGCAAGGCUACACACAGACCCCAGGAGUAUUGUACACAUGUGUACAGUCUCCCAAAAGAAUCUCUGCAGAGACCAAAACUUCUUGGGAAUUGGGGUAAUUCCAGCAGGCACAGAGGACAGCUGGAGCUGACUCAGAAAGUACAGACCGGAAGGAGGCUCAAAGUCCGACUCUCUCCUCCCCGGCGCUGCCUGGGGACACUCACUGUUUGCCCUUCACAGAUGGAAUCGGUCACAACUGACAGCAACCAAGACAAAAACCUGCCGCUGCUGUGUGUGGUGCAGUGAGGGUGUGGGGCGGAUCCAGGCCAGCACAACGGCCCUGCUGGAAAUAAAUCUGGUACAUUCACAAUUUACUUACACUGCGGAACAGCAAAUGGUCCACAAGUGCCUCCCACACGGAGAUCAACGCCACGGGCGUAAUGUGGCACCAAAGAAGCCAGGCACCCAGGAGCACACCCUGCACAAAACAAUGAAGGGCAAAGGCCGGCAAGACACAUCCGCAGUCAGACGUCAGGGCACAGGGGGACUUGGGGGGACUGAUAACAACCUGUUUCUUGUUCAGGGGGAUGGUUAUAUGGAUGUGUUCAAAUUGGGCAAAAUGCAGUUAUGACGUGGGUACACUUUCCAGGGUGUACUUCAAUAAAAAGUUCAGGGAUUUCCAAACAGAAUGAAACAGCCGAAAACCCUGCUGGGGUGAGAGUUCAUGAACACGGGCAGACAGCAGGGGCGGCUGCCCUGAGUGUUCACACGUCCAUCCCUCCCUCAAAUGCCCCCAGCUCAGACGUCCUGACACGGGACAACAAGCUGGUCCCGAGCGAUCAGUGGAACCACGGGGGACCUGUAAGAGUCCCUCUGCCUGCCCUGCAGCCCAGACUCAGUCAGAACCUUGAGGUGGACGCAGCACCAGCCAUUCGUCACCUGGAGACUCCAACACAUGAACCACUGAUCUGUAAAAGGGAAAGAAAUGCCCUGGAUGGCUGUUAAAAACAAAAACAACAGCAGGGAAGAUUGAAGCCUAGACUCCGGCGAUAGGGGUGAAAGGGGACUCAGCUCUGAACGGACAGGGCGGCCGAGGGCUUACGGUCACCGUGCAGGGGCAGGGAGCCAGUGCGUGGAAAAUUACUGGAGGAACCUGGUUCGGAUAUGCCCCCCAUUUCAUGCCACGUGGGUACACGGACUAC